AUGCCCACCGAACACGACAUCGAACAGCCUGCGGCAAGCAAUCCUGACUCUGAGCAGGAGCAGCCUGCCGAACAGCCAGGCGAUGCCUCCCAGGAGCCUACCGCUACCGAUGCCGUCGAGGACGUCUCGAAGAAAGUAGAUAAAACAGAGGAUGAUGCUGUCUUAAAGGCCCGACAGCGCAAAGAGAGAUUCAAAGCUCUUCAGGCUCGCGCGAAAACGGCUACAGAGCGCAACAUGAAGGAAACCGCCGCUGAAACACAACGUCUGGCGACCGACCCGGCAUUACUCUCAUCGAUCUCGCGCAAGCAUGCCUUCGCAUCGCACAACCUGCUAAAAGCUGAUACAGAGGCCGCGGGCGAGGAUUUUGAGCGCAAGCGCGCUUGGGACUGGACUGUGGAUGAGUCGGAAAAAUGGGACAAGCGGAUGGAAAAGAAACAACGCCAUCGCGAUGACGUUGCCUUCCAGGACUAUACACAAGAUGCGCGCAAAGUAUACAAGAGACAGCUGCGGGAGUUACAACCUGACCUGGAGGGUUAUGAGCGAGAUAAGAUGGCAGCCAUCGAAAAAGCCGCCGCCAACGGGGACCUCGAAAUCGUGGAAACCAACGACGGCGAGAUGAUUGCAGUCGAUAAGAACGGCACCUUCUAUUCCACCGCAGAUACUGUCGGGUUCACGGAAAACAGGCCUGACCGAGUAGCUGUCGAUAAGCUGGUCGCGGACUUGAGAAAGGCUGAGGAGGUUCGACUCAAGAAGCGGAGAGACCGCCGCGGAGAUGAUGAUGGUGACGUCACCUACAUCAAUGAGAAGAACAAACAAUUCAACCAGAAACUGGCUCGCUUCUAUAACAAGUAUACCACCGAGAUUCGUGACAGCUUUGAGCGUGGAACUAUGAUUUGA